AUGGGGAUCUUCAAGACUGCCAUCUUGCUCGCUGGAGCUUCCCUCGGGGUCUUCGCGUCCCAAGUCCCACUCGGCGAGGACUCACCGCUAGCUUCUAUCUUCCAGGUCUAUUCAAGCUCUCUGCACCCUGAACACUCAAUUCGCAUCAAAGAACAAGUCGAUGAUAAAAUCUGUGAUGCGCGUGUCAAGCAGUACACAGGCUGGCUCGAUGUCGGAAACCAGCAUCUCUUCUUCUGGUACUUUGAGAGCAAGAAUGCGCCAGCCACUGACCCUUUGGCAUUGUGGUUGACAGGCGGCCCUGGAGGCUCGUCAAUGCUGGGAUUGCUUCAGGAGCUGGGACCCUGUCUUAUCAAUGAGCAUGGCAAUGGAACGGUGCACAAUCCUUAUGGAUGGAAUGCGAACGCCAAUUACAUCUUUGUUGACCAACCUGCUGGUGUUGGUUUCUCUUAUUUGGAUGAGGAUGAGCCGAUUCCUGGAAACUCUUUUGUCGCGGCUGAUAGUAUGCACAAGUUUAUGCAGAUCUUUACGACCGAGGUUUUCCCUGAUCUUGCUGGACGACCAUUCCACAUCUCUGGAGAGAGCUACGGUGGCCACUACAUCCCCAUCCUGGGAGCUACAAUCGUCGCUCAGAACAACCUCUACCCCAAGCGUCCUCAGGUCAAUCUCGAGUCCGUAUUGAUUGGAAAUGGCUACAUCUCACCUCUCGACACCGCCUUCGGAUACUGGGAGACUCUCUGCACUACUAACCCCGGUGUCAAGGAGCCCAUCUUCAACAGCACCCGAUGCGACAUCAUGGCGGCUAACCUCCCAAGAUGUCUCGAGCUUGCACGCGUCUGCUACGAACACCCCGACCACGCAAUCUGCGGUGCCGCAGAGGAGGUUUGUUGGGACGGUGUCGUGAAGUGGUACGACGGCGAGUCUGGCUCCAACGGUGGCAGAAAUCGAUUCGACAUCAGCUUCCCCUGCGAAUCAGGAGAUGACCUCUGCUACAAGGAGUCCGGACUCAUCCAGAACUACCUCAACCUCCCGCAUGUCUACAAAGCUCUAGGUGUCCCUAGUGAGUUUGGGAACUACUCGAUCAUCUCUAUGGCUGUAGCAGAAGCCUUCGAGCUCGGUUAUGACACUGGCAUCAGCACUCAAACACAGAUCCUGUACCUUCUCAACAACGACGUUGAUGUGCUGCUGUACCAAGGAAACCUGGACCUUGCAUGCAACACUGCUGGAAACUUGAAGUGGAGUAACAGCAUGGAGUGGAAGGGACAGCCAGAGUAUGUUGCUCAACGACCAAAGGCAUGGGGUGCUUGGGGUGAAGAGAUUGGUUGGUACAAGGAGGUCAAGAUUCAGAUGGGCAAGUCUGAUAAGAAGACUACUUUCUCGUUUGCUACGGUGGAAGGGGCUGGCCAUAUGGUUCCUCAGGGUAAGCCCAAGGAGGCUUUGGAGUUGGUUAACCGAUGGUUAAAGAAGCGCAGCUUUGCUGGUUGA